GUACAUCAGCAGAUCCUCUCUUUGGCAUCCGGACACAAAGGCAUCCGCUGCCCGCCGUCCUGCUCUCAGCAAUACGGGCAUCAUGUCUUUCGACCCCACCAUCAUGCCACCUGUGAACGGCUCUGCCAACGGGACUGCCAGCGGGGCCGAGGGUGGGAAGCCCGCCACCAUCCCCACCAUCAUGUUCGUCUUCGGUGUGGUGGGCAACCUCAUAGCCAUCGUGGUGCUCUGCAAGUCCAGGAAGGAGCAGAAGGAGACUACUUUCUACACGCUGGUCUGCGGGCUUGCGGUCACUGAUCUCUUAGGGACCUGCCUGGUGAGUCCGGUCACUAUUGCCACUUACCUGCAGAACCGCUGGCCAGGAGGACCAGCGCUGUGUGAGUACAGCUCCUUCAUCCUCCUCUUUUUUGGACUUUCUGGUCUCAGCAUAAUCUGUGCCAUGUCUAUAGAGAGGUACCUGGCUAUCAACCAUGCCUAUUUCUACAAUCAUUAUGUAGACAAGAAGCUGGCAGGGCUCACGCUCUUUGCCAUCUAUGCUUCUAACGUGCUGUUCUGCGCCCUCCCCAGCAUGGGACUUGGCAGGUCUACCUUGCAGUACCCUUACACCUGGUGUUUCAUAGACUGGCGAGCAAAGAAGGCCACCCAUGCAGCAUAUUCCUACAUGUACGCCGGCUUCAGCUCCUUCCUAAUCAUGGUCACUGUGAUCUGCAACAUCCUGGUGUGCGUGGCCCUCAUUCACAUGCACCGCCAGUUCAUGCGGCGCACAUCCUUGGGGACAGACACCACCUCUAGCCGUUUAUCUGACUUUCGCAGACGCCGGAGCUUCCGUCGGAUGGCUGGAGCAGAGAUCCAGAUGGUUAUUCUGCUUAUUGCCACUUCCCUGGUGGUGGUCAUCUGCUCCAUUCCUCUGGUGGUCCGUGUCUUUGUGAACCAGCUGUACCAGCCAGAGUCAGUGAAAGAUGUGAGGCAAAACCCUGACCUGCAAGCUAUCCGCAUUGCCUCAGUGAACCCCAUUUUGGAUCCAUGGGUCUACAUCCUCCUCCGCAAGACUGUGCUCAGCAAGGCCAUUGAGAAGAUCAAAUGCCUGUUCUGCCGCAUUGGAGGGGCUCGGAGGCAGCACUCAGGGAGCAAUUUUAACUGUGUGGAUGGCCGCAGGACCUCCUCUGCCAUGUCAAGUCAGUCACCCUCCUUUGUCUCCCGUGAGCUGAGGGAGAUCAGCAGCACUUCACAAACACUGCUCUAUCCGCCGGAGUUAAGCGAAAGUAAUGCUGGGGGACGCGUUUUGCUCCCAGGCCCCAGUGCCAGCUUGGCCCAGUCCAACAUCACGUCAGUAAGGACACUGCGUAGCUCCGAGACCUCAGAUUCUUCACAGGGACAGGAUUCCGAGAGCGUCUUCCUGGUCAAUGAAGUCAGGUCUGGUGGUGGGGCCAGUUCCACAUCCAAGGGUGGCCCUCUCCAGGUGACUUUCCCCACAGAGACAUUCAGUUUAUCAGAAAAGUGCAUAUAGAUUGCCAUGAAAGGCAUCGACCCUGGGGAUACUUCCUGGUACAUUGGAAAAACUGGUGCAAUAGAUAGGUGUUCUGCCUGCUCGAGGGGAGAAGGGUUCAGCUGUGCUCCAAAGGGCUAUUUUUCUCUUGCCAUGUGAUGGGUACAUUUCUUUUAGACUACUGAGGACUGUGUGGAACAGACACUGCACUUGGGCUCUGCCAUCAGAAACAGUACGAGGCAGCUCUAAAGGGACUGGAAACACAAACUGCCUUGUCUUGUUGUGGGACAUGGAAGAGCUACUAGGCCUCUGGAAAUAGGAAGACCUGUCACUUUCUUUUUUUUUCUUUUUUUCCCUUUCUAAAUCUGGUAGAGCUGGUUUUUUUUGGUGUUUUGUUUUUUGUUGUUUUUUUUCACUCCCCAUGGUUGCUCAGCUAUCAAGAGUUUAAGUUUCUGGUACCAGAGCUGAAUGUGAGGCAGCUGCUAGGAACUGGACACAGCUACUCUGAGAGCUGGCAGGGCAGGAUUUCAAAAUGUCUCAUGUCUCACUAAAGCAUGAAAAUGUGAAUUUUUACCAUUGUACAUGUAUCAGGAUUGAAGAUAUUUAAAAGUCUAGUCUUCUCUAUGAGAAGUUUUUUUUAUUAAUACAAGGUAUAUAGAAACGAUUGCCAGCCUUCAUUUCCCCUAGUAUUUCCUGCUGAUAAGACAUUCUUUGUUGGGAUUUGUUGUCCAUGCUAGAUUCACAGCUGAUGAGGUAAUUCUCUAGCUGAGAAUACAUAAGCACUUUCAGAGUGGAAUGGGUAUAUAUGCGCUAUUAAAAGGGAAAAAGAAAACACAUCCUUUCAGUUCAGAAUAUUCCUUUUAAGUAUAUGUACAUACUAAAAAGCCAGAUUUUAUUUAUGUGCUGAUAAUGUUUCUCUGUUUAACACAUCUACGCCUCUCCCAGUACUUUGGCCCACAGGCUGCACACAUUUGAGCACACACUUAACAUCACCCAUCAGCAUAGUCUCUCUACUGCCAGGGAGACUCCUUACAUGUAAAGUUAAGGACAUAUAAAAGUGCUUUCAAUAUCAAGGCCUAAAACUUUCAACUCCUGGUUAGUAGUCUUAAUAUUCACUUUAGUUAAAGCAUCACUGAUGUAAUAAAGGUAUUUUUUCAUAACAUUUAUAAUUUUACUUUAAAUAGUAAAUAGAAUUUUAUGACUGUGUAAUCUGAUACUCCAUCAAAUAAAUAUACAAAACCAUGGAAGCAGAAUCUUCAUUUAAAGUACAGGUUGUAUAGAACCAUAUCCUUGUCUUGAACCCCUUGAAAAUUACUUGUUCAGUAGAGUUUUAAUGCCAAACACAUCAUGAAAACCAGCCAUUAACCACUGACAAAAAGUAGUUUCGUGUUUUGUGUUGUAAGGGUUAGAUCUUGUUUCAGAAACAUUGUUAUUUUGAUAAUAAUUCUGUGCAGGUAUUUGGAGAAUGUUUUGUCAAAUACUAAGCAUGUUAUGCUGCUUAAAAUGUUUUCAUGUGAAUGCUUUAUUGUAAUGAAAAUCUUGAGCCUUAUCUUGAUAUGUUUAAGCAGUUGUACUGACCAAGGUAAUUUUGGA